AUGUCUGCUCAAGAUGGAGGCCAGGAUCCCCCCAAACCCAAGGGCAAGACCCUGGGCAGCUUCUUUGGGUCCCUGCCUGGCUUCAGUGCUGCCCGGAACCUGGUGGCCAACGCCCACAGCUCAGCAAGAGAGGCCCGGCCAGCUGCCGAGACUGCAGGCACUCCAGCUGAGGAGGCUGCCCAGCCCCAGGCUCAGGCGCCUGCUGACCCGGAGCAGACGGCCAGGGGGUUAGAGAAGACGCUGAUGCCUUCAGACAAGAUGAUCUCCGGGGCAAAGGACCUGGUAUCCUCCCAGAUGGCCAGAACCAAGGAUGCUCUCUCCACAGGGAUGGCUAGCAUUGUGGACACAGCUAAAGGUGUGGUCCAGGGAGGCCUGGGGAUGACCCAAUCCACACUGACAGUCACCAAGGAUGCUGUGGCCAGUGGGGCAACUGGGGCAGUGGGUGUGGCCAAAGGGGCCCUACAGACCGGUAUAGACACCACCAAGACAACUGGCAUGGACACCACCAAGACUGUCUUGACUGGCACCAAAGAUGUUGUGUCCACUGGGCUCACUGGAGCCAUGGGUAUGGCCAAGGGUACAGUCCAGACUGGCAUGGACACCACCAAGACCGUCUUGACUGGUGCCAAAGACACCAUGUCCACUGGGCUCACUGGAGCCAUGGGAGUGGCCAAGGGGGCCGUCCAGACUGGCAUGGACACCACCAAGACCGUCUUGACUGGCACCAAAGAUGUUGUGUCCACUGGGCUCACUGGAGCCAUGGGUAUGGCCAAGGGGGCCGUCCAGACUGGCAUGGACACCACCAAGACUGUCCUGACUGGCGCCAAAGACACUGUGUCCACUGGGCUCAUGGGGGCAGUGAACAUGGCCAAGGGCACAGUUCAGACUGGCAUGGAGACCACCAAGACUGUCUUAACUGGUGCCAAAGACACCAUGUCCACUGGACUCACUGGAGCCAUGGGAGUGGCCAAGGGUACCGUCCAGACUGGCAUGGAUACCACCAAGACCGUCUUGACUGGCACCAAAGAUGUUGUCUCCUCUGGGCUCACUGGAGCCAUGGGUAUGGCCAAGGGCACAGUACUGACAGGCAUGGACACCACCAAGACAGUCCUGACAGGCACCAAAGAUGUUGUGUCCACUGGACUCACUGGAGCAGUGAACAUGGCCAAGGGCACAGUUCAGACUGGCAUGGACACCACCAAGACCAUCUUGACAGGCACCAAAGAUGUUGUGUCCACUGGGCUCACUGGAGCCAUGGGAGUGGCCAAGGGCACAGUUCAGACUGGCGUGGACACCACCAAGACUGUCUUGACUGGUGCCAAAGACACCAUGUCCACUGGACUCACUGGAGCCAUGGGUGUGGCAAAGGGGACAGCCCAGACUGGCAUGGACACCACCAAGACUGUCUUGACUGGCACCAAAGAUGUUGUCUCCACUGGGCUCACUGGAGCCAUGGGAGUGGCCAAGGGGGCUGUCCAGACUGGCAUGGACACCACCCAGACCAUCCUGACUGGCACCAAAGAUAUCGUGUCUACUUCAAUCACUGGGGCAAUGGGUGUGGCCAAGGGGGUUAUUCAGACUGACAUGGACACUACCAUGACCAUCUUGACUGGCACCAAAGGUGCCAUGUCCUCUGGGCUCAGCAGCGUAGGGCACAUGGCCCAAGAAGAUAUGCACACUGGGGUGGGCAUCAUCCCAAACUGUUUACCCGACUCCAAGGCUGCCACCUCAGUUGGACUUGCCAGUUCCAGGGCCCCAGAUGAAGAACAAACCAUCCCAAGCCCCCCUCAGGCUCAGCUCAGUGACCACGGACCUCUGUCAGCUGAGGCCAUGUUCAGCCAAGAGGCCACCCUGGGCAAGGUGGAUGCUGCUCCCGGGGCCACCACUCAUGGCCAGGAAGGAGCCCAGGGCUUUGCAGCACUCCGGAAUGAGCUGGAGGAGCUGGGAGAGAUCUUCCAGCCCAUGAGCGCCGAGGAACAAGCUCAGCUGGUUGCUACCCAGCCCAGGCGGAGGGAGGUUAUGGCCGACCAGGGCAGCUACUUUGUGCGUCUGGGUGACGUGGCCCCCGGCUUCCGCCAGCGGGCUUUCGAGCACGCCCUCAGCCACCUGCAGCAUGGUGAGUUCCAGGCACGGGACGCGCUGGCCCAGCUUGAGGACGUCUUCAGGGAGAUCGAGGAGGCCCAGCAGGCUCCGGUCGGGGAUGCAAACAGCCAAACAGAGGAAGCCGCUGCUAGGGAGGUGCCGGCCACUGGGGCUCUGUCUAGGGCCUGUGACCUCGUCCAGCAGCUCCAUGUGGCCUACAGCCGCCUGGCCUCCGGCCUCCAGGGCCUCCCCACAGAGCUUCAGUGGCAGCUCCAGCAGGCGCGGCACAGCAUCUGUGAGCUCUAUGGCGUGGUCUCCUCGGCCGCCACGGUGGCAGAGCUGCCAGUCAAGCGGCUGUCUGAGAGCCGCCAGGGUGUGGGCCAGGCGUGGCGGGGCCUGGAGCAGGUGCUGCGGAGAGUGCAGCAAGGCCCUCCACUUGGCUGGCUGGUGGGGCCCUUCACCCUGCCCGCCAAUGGGCAGCCGCUGUAG